AUGGUGGAAAAUAGAAAACAUGAUACAAGUGUGAUUCAGGUCAAAUGGAACAAACCCCCUCCUAAUUUUGUUAAGCUUAAUACUUAUGGAAGUGCCAUCAACAACCCUGGAAGGAUAGGAGCAGGUGGUAUACUUAGAGAUCAUAAAGGGGAGUUGAUAUAUGCCUAUGCUACUCCACUAGGAGAAGGAUCCAAUAACCAGGCAGAGGUUCAAGCUGCAGUACUUAGAAUUACUUGGUGUAUUCAAAAUGGAUACAACAGGGUAAUCUUGGAGACUAAUUCAGAACUUUUAGUGGGAUGGCUGAAGCAUAAACUUAGACCACCAUGGAGAAUGAUUCAGUACAUUACAGAGCUUCAAAAGCUGGUUCAAUUAUUGGAUCAGUUCCAAUGUAACCAUGUAUACAGGGAAGCCAAUUUUUCAGCAGACACGCUGUCCAAAUACAGCCAUGAAGUUGUUAAUACUCAGCAGUUCUACAGCUACCAGCAAGUUCCUCAUGCAACUAGAGGAUAUGUCAAGCUAGACAAGUUGGAGAUGACUGGAUUUAGGAGAAGGAAGCUCAAGAGGAUUAAACAACCUCCAUGA